GCUCUCAUCGCACGCCCGUUCGCGUAUACUUACGGUUUUUGUCUUCCCUCGUCUCUCGCAACCCCGUGAAAGGAGAAUCCAGCAGACUCCGCCUUUCUCCCGCUAGGCAUCUGGUGAUCCACCAGGUUCCCCGAUCUCAGUUCUGAACGCUUCGCAUUCACCGCAUCAAAUAACCAUGUCUGAACAACCUUACGACCCCUAUAUUCCUUCUGGCUCUACUGCCAACGCCCCGGCUGGGGCCAGUGCCGCGCAGAAUGGCGAUCCCAGGACAAGGGAAAUCGACAAGAAAAUCCAGGAGACUGUGGAUACGAUGCGGUCAAAUAUCUUCAAGGUUUCCGAGCGUGGUGAACGUCUAGACUCCCUACAAGAUAAGACCGAUAACCUGGCCGUAUCGGCUCAGGGUUUCCGCCGGGGUGCGAACCGUGUGCGGAAGCAAAUGUGGUGGAAAGACAUGAAGAUGCGCGUAUGCUUGGUGAUUUGUGUCAUCCUCUUGCUUGUGGUUAUUAUUGUGCCUGCUGUUGUCACUGCCAAGCAUUAAUGAACGCAGUGACGGUCAUGUUUGUCUUGGGAAUGGAUGUUUUUUUCAGCUGGUUUAUCUGUAUUUGAGACGGUGAAGCUUCGAUUUCAGCCACUAAUACCUCCUGUUUUUCUCGGGCGUCCGCCAUGUUCUCACGACUAAACUCUUGUCUCUAUACGCCAUUGACGCUAUGAGCCGAUUGAAUAUCGGACGAGGCCACGCCCUAUGAUACGUCGACGGUGAAGAUGUAAAUGAU